UUUGCACAAAAUUUGCAGUGAUGACCUCCAUCAUAAAAUUCACUGCUCUCUCUGGGGCUAAGGGAGAAGGCCCUCCUUGUUAUUUGCUACAGGUGGAUGAGUUCUGCUUCCUUCUCGACUGUGGCUGGGACGAGUUCUUCUCGCCUGAGAUAGCAGAAAACAUUAAAAAGCACAUACAUCAGAUUGAUGCCGUUCUUCUUAGUCAUCCUGACGUCGUACAUUUGGGAGCUUUGCCGUACGUAGUGGGUAGAUUGGGUCUCAGGUGCCCUGUAUAUGCCACUAUACCUGUCUAUAAAAUGGGACAGAUGUUCAUGUACGAUCUUUACCAGGCUCGUCACAAUUCUGAAGAAUUUGAUUUAUUUUCACUUGAUGAUGUUGAUCAAUCUUUUGAUUUAGUUGUUCAAGUUAAAUAUUCACAAACCGUACAGCUUAAAGGUAAAGGCCAUGGUCUUACCAUUACUCCAUAUCCAGCUGGUCAUAUGGUUGGGGGAACCAUUUGGAAGAUAGUUAAAGAUGGAGAGGAAGAGAUCGUCUAUGCAGUUGAUUAUAAUCACAAGAAGGAAAGACAUCUUGAUGGAGCCGUAUUUGAUAAUUUUUCGAGGCCACACCUCCUAAUCACAGACGCUUACAAUGCCCUCAGCGUGCAGGCAAGGAGGAAGGAAAGGGACAAGGCAUUGCUAGAUAAGAUUGUCAAUACAUUGAGAAAGAAUGGCAACGUAUUAAUUGCAGUUGAUACAGCUGGUAGAGUCCUGGAACUAUCUCAAUUACUGGAUCAAAUGUGGCGUCACCAGGAAUUAGGUUUUGGUGCUUACUCCAUUGUCCUCCUCAGCAACGUGAGCUAUAAUGUGGUCGAGUUUGCUAAAUCUCAAGUUGAGUGGAUGAGUGAAAAAUUAAUGAGGACAUUUGAGGAUAGCCGAACAAACCCUUUCCAAUUCCAACACAUUAACCUUUGUCAUAACUUGGAGGAAUUAGCCAAAGUCUCCAAUCCAAAGGCUGUUCUUGUCAGUCCUCCUGAUUUAGAGUGUGGAUUCUCCCGUGACCUUUUCCUCCAUUGGUCCAAUAAUCCUCACAAUUCAAUCAUAUUUACGAGCAAAACGGCUCAUAAUACUCUAGCUAGGACACUCGUUGAUAAUCUGAAAAUCAUUACUAUUGAUAUGGACGUGAAGCGGCGCGUUCCUUUAGAAGGUGCUGAACUUGAGGAGUAUUUGAUGAAAGAGAAAGAGAAAGCCAAAACAGCAAACGAUGAUGAUGCCAAGGAUUCCGAUGAAAGUGAUGAAGAAAUGGAAGUGGAAGGUACUACUAAACCAACCACACCCACAACCCCUCGCUGUUUGAGCAAGACACCAAAAUACGACCUGAUGAUGACGGACGAAGGAAAAGCUAAAAGCAGCUUCUUCAAGCAGACAAAAUCUUUUCCGAUGUAUCACUUUAAAGGAGAAAAGAUAAAGUGGGAUGAGUAUGGCGAACCAUUUAGGCAUGAAGAUUAUCAGCUGAAUGACGUUUUCUUUAAAGAAGAUAAGGAGCCUGAAGAUGGAGGAGAUGGAGUCACAAAGGAAGUAACAAAAGUUAUACCAACUAAAUGUGUCAGUUUCAAGAAAACUGUUCCUGUCAGGAGCUCGUUAUCGUUUAUUGAUUUUGAGGGUAGAUCAGAUGGAGACUCAAUUAAAAGAAUAUUAACAAUAAUGAAACCAAGACAGCUGAUUCUGAUACAUGGCAGUCUCGAAUCAACAAAGUGUUUGGUUGAUUUCUCUCACAGUGUCCUUGGCAUGGAUCCUAAGAAAGUGUUUGCUCCAGCUGUAGGAGAGACCAUUGACGCCACAACUGAGAGCCAAUUAUACAUAGUUAAACUAACUGAUGCAUUGAUGAGUGGGACAAGAUUUGCUCCUGGUAAAGAUGCAGAGCUUGCUUGGGUUGAUGGGCAGAUCCGGUUGAGCUCUGAUGGCACGGAUAGCAUUCCUGUCCUUGAUGUAUUUCAUAAUAAGCAAGUUGCUGAUCAUAAGAAUGUAUUUAUAAAUCCUCCACGUCUCUCAGACUUUAAGAAUACUCUAACAAAAGCUGGAAUACAGGCUGAGUUUUGUGGUGGUGCUCUUAUAUGCAAUGGAGUUGUGGCUAUCAAAAGAACUGAAGGUGGAAAGAUCAGUAUUGAAGGCUCAGUCUCUGAUGAUUACUACCUCAUAAGAAAGCUUUUAUAUGAACAAUUUGCAAUUGUGUAAUGCAUUUUUUGUCAAGCUCAAGCACUUUCCUAUUCUCACUAAUCCA